AUGACCAGCAUCAUGCCAUUUCCUCCACGAGCACGGAAAUCUGCUGGAAUCGUACAAGAAGGACACCAGCACCUUCAACAGACUUCCGAAAUGAUACACCAACAUAGGUUAUCUCUUGCUUCUCAGAUCCGGAAAUUUGAUGCUCGUUGGGCUAGCUUGUUCAAUCUAGCACCGGUGUUGAACAAACUCACAAAAGGCCGUCAAAUGCCUGCGGAGUUCCGAGAUAAUGCGCAGGUUCUGUUGGACGACGUUCAGCACGCUCUUCGUGAUGCACAUAGUAGAAAACUACCGAAAAUCCCCGAAGAGGGCGAUAGCAUUAUACCUGGACCUCCUCCCCCUGUUCCUAUUACCACUGGACGUCCACGAAGUUUGGCAUCCUGGAGGCGACGACAGACAGUAGAUUCUCAAGCUCCAUCCGAGAAGCAGAGCAUCGUCGUACGAGUUCGGUCGAAGCUCAAGCGUAAAAGAGCCGUUAAACGCAAGGGAUCCAAAAAAGGCCCACUUUCUCGAUUCAACCCCUUCCGCUACAAGCACCCAAAACCCCACCCCCAGGAAGAAAACAUUACUACGGGGGAGCCUCCUCCUCCAACUAGCACUACCGUUCGACAUAAAUCGUCUCGGCAGACAAUACGUUCCGGCGGGAGCCCCAGAUCUUCAAGGAAACAGAAAAGGUCUAAAUCGUCUAAAUCUUCAUCGAAUUCUCGGUUACGCGACUUUUACUCCCAAAACCCUGCACCACCGACGAUGCCUCGUCUAGUAGACCCCAAUUGGAAGCCCCACCUCCCCCCUGCGCCAAACUUUUCUCCUAUGAAACUCGAUAUGAGCUCCAUAGGUCGUUAUUCACCGACUAUAACGAAACCCCUGAUGUAUCAGCGGCCUCCGUGGCCGGGAGUAGGGAUUGUGGAUCCCGACGGACCGAUGGGAAGCGUAACGCCUAGUUCGCCACAGCCUUAUUACCUUGAGGUUGGUGAGAGGGGAGAGAAGGAGAGAAUCGGGAAGCAAAAGAGAGAUAAGAGAGAUAAGAGAAAAUCGAAAAUCUCUUCUCGUGAUGAUGGUUUGAGGGAACGCGAACGCGAACGCGAAUACAAGGAAGAGGAGGACCGACAGGGUUCUCGUCGACGGCAUACACAUAAACACCAUCGUCAUUCUCAUCGAGUUCGCGAUGCUGAUUCGAGUGAAGAUUCUCGACGUGAUCGUGAUCGUGAUCACUACCACCGCCAUCGAUCUUCCAGAGACGAUUAUAACGAUUCCAGGAGAAGAGAAAAAGAACGGGAAAGAGAAAGAGAGAUGUCUGAACCUCGUCGUACGAGUACUAGACGACACUACAAUGAUGCUUCCCGAAGGAAACAUGGCUCCAAAGGGAGCUCUACACCGCCUAUUUCUCCAUCUUAUACAUAUACGACACAUCAUCGUCAUGGUUAUCAGCCCACUGUACCACAGAUCGUUGAGCGAUCUAGGUUUCAGGAGAACUUCAGUGUCAUUUCGUGA